AUGACAGAUAGAACUGUUGACGUUACUCACAGCUGGAAAGCAGAACAAUGGGAUUGGCCACUUCAGCAAAAUGAUGGAGUUGUUCGCCUCACCAAUACCAAUGAAAAGUUUGAAGUUGCACUAGAUGCUGCCUUUUUCACUCCUAAAGAAAUUGAGGUAAAAGUAGUUGGGAAUCAAUUGGUAAUUCACUGUAUGCAUGAAUCACGAACUGAUCAGUUUGGCGAAAUUAAACGUGAAAUAAAUCGUACCUAUAUUCUACCAGAUGACGUUGACACCAAAUCGUUAAAAUCAAACUUAACAACUCGAGGUCAUUUGGUCAUUUCAGCAAAGAAGAAGACUCAAAAAGUUAAAACGAGUCACAUGGAGCAAGUAGAAACCAUUCCCGUUGGCGAAGAACGAGUAGCCGAAACGUGGGAUUGGCCAUUACAGCAAGCCGAUGGCGUUGUGCGAGUGACAAACACGAAGGACAAAUUCGAAGUUGGAUUAGAUGUUCAAUUUUUUACGCCGAACGAAAUUGAGGUGAAAGUCACCGGACAGGACCUUUUAAUCAACUGUCGACAUGAACUGCGAGCGGACGCACAUGGUUCAGUUGCCAGAGAGAUUCACCGAUCUUACAAGUUGCCGAACGAUGUCAAUACGGCAACUAUCAAGUCACAUUUAUCAGCCCGUGGGGUGCUGACGAUCUCAGCCGAUAAGAAGUAA